GCACUCCGCCCAGUAUUGAAAACCCGUAUGGACCAUAUCCACUAUACGUGACGAAUGUUAAAAAUAAGGCCGUGCCAAUAGUACAGGCAUACGCAAAUACCAAAUACGUUGGGAAGGUUGUUUUAAAAUUUGAUUCUAAUGGUGACUUAGUUAGUAUCAAUGGCAAACCAACAUUAUUGAACCAUGAAGAAAAACAAGAUCCUGAAAUGUUGACUGUUGUCGAUCGAUGGAAACCACAGGUAACUAAUUUUACGAACGUUACAAUCGGACGUACGGCUGUCGAGUUGAUAAACAGUUGUCACGAAAUGGAAUGCAACAUAGGUAACCUGAUAGCUGAUUCUUUCGUUUACUAUAACGUCCUGAAAAGAGAUGUUUACAACGAGUACUGGACUGAUGCUCCCAUUGGGAUCAUUCAAGCUGGUGGUAUUCGGACUACAAUCAACGAAACUGAUCAUGACGGUUACAUCACAUUAGGGCAGUUAAUGAAUGUCAUGCCGUUUCAAAGUAUCCUGGUUAAAGUUACUAUUUCUGGUAGUAGCCUAUUAGAAGCAUUUGAACAAAGUAUUUCUGACUUUGUAGAAGGUCGAGGUGGAUCUAAACUUUUACAAGUAUCCG